AUGACUUCUUCUGCUUCGGCUGUGGCUUCGGCCACGAAGGUCAACCUCGUGCCUGCUACGGACUCGGGGGUUUUCAGUGCUGGUGCGAGGGAGGAUGCGGCGCGGGUUACCAGUGAUCUCUUACAGGAGGAUAUGGAGAAACAUCAUGUUUUCUUCAAUGAUAUAGGCUUUCACAACCACAUACCCCAUCACCUACUGAGUAUCUAUGCUCUGGGUGCCAGGCCUGAGGAUAUCAGGCAUGCCUACAUUCAGAAUUUGAGCUAUCAGAAACCUGCAAUGCCUGUUGAUCAGGCUAUGGUCGAGUCUUUGCGUGAAGUGGAUGGGUUCCGGGAAGGGUUGGGCGAGGGAAAGAAUUAUUCCAAUUAUUUGGCGCUUUUUCAGGCUGAGAUCAACGCCAAGGGUGUUGGAAAUGUCCUUGCGGAAUAUGUGUUCGCUGGAGAUGAGCGGGCUGAGAAUAUGUUGUGUCGCUUGUUUGGUGGCUUGAUUCACCCGCUUAUCCACCUCUGCUUUGGAUUGGAAUUCAAUCAGCCUGCCAUUGUGGCUCAGGGGUUGGCCCAGGCUGCUGUGCAUGAUGACUGGCUUGGUCGCGUUUUUUUCCUUCCGGCGGAGAAGAUGUCUGCUGGUGUUGGUGUGACUGGAAAGAAAUCAUUGCUUGAACUUCUGAAUGAGUGUCGGGCGGAUACGGCCCUCUUUGACAGUGUCAAGUGGGAGGAUUCUAAUAAGAUCAGGGAUGGUGUAAUGACAAGAGCCCCGGAGCAGAUGAUCAAGUAUGCCGCUCAGUUCACUGUUUCGGAAGAUCAAGUGGAAGAAAGACUGGCCGAUAUGAUCAACACAGUCGUCUACUACACCAGCGCCGCACAGCGUCCAGCUCGAGAAAUGAAACUUGAUUUCUUUUUCAUCCACUGUGUCAACUCGUCCAUUUUCCUCUCCAAGAUCACUGACCUUCCAUACCUGGACCAGCGAUCAAAGCUGCGCCUGAUAGAAUGGAAAGGACGCAUCGACCUAUUAAUGUAUGUCUCACGCGGGACGCCAGAGCUCUUCAUAGAUAUGGUCGCCAAUUACCCCAUCAAAGAAGAUUGGCCCCGUAUCUUCGAACGAGCUGUGACCCAUAGCACCGAUGACGGACAUCUAGCCAAGCUGGCCCGAGCAGUGGCACACGGCCAGCGGGUCUGCCAAGGGGUCGAGAAUAAGCAUCCGAUGCCGAUCCAUGGGGAUAUGUGGCUGCGAAUCGGGAACAUCGCUGUCGACUCCACCGUUGGGGAGGGUCAGAAUGGCAUGUGGGUCCGAUCCACUGGCUUUGAUGAGGCUUGGGAGCCUCAGGGACGCGCGCAUAUGUGA